CCACCCCCAGCCGAGCAGCCAUAUCGUACACCCGUCCUUCGUAUUCGAUCCAGUACGAUAUCGUCAACUAAGUGUGCGAAGUUGUCUGGAUUUGGCAUGUAUACUCCAUAGGUUGCCGCUCAAGGUCAGCCUGCGAUACGGACCUGAAUCCGUCGCCUGUCCGUUUCGCCUUCGCCUUCACCUUUGCCGGUCAACCAUCAUCCGUUACCGGGUCUACCGAUUCGAUACGUAUCUAGCGCAAAGGUUAGAGCAGCCGCUGUGUGCUCCUGGGCAAACCGUGCUCUAUCCGGCAUCGCCUGGGCCUCAUGUCCCACGCAACGCCAGCACCCUUCCGCGCAAAGCCCCCAUCACCAUCCUCUCACGCAGUCGACAGCGCGAAACUACAUCAACUGUAUCUGCAGAAUAGUCCAAAGGAUCAGAUCCCUCACACUCCAACUUCUCCUCCGUUAAUGUCAGUCAGCGCUCAAAACUAUGCCUCGAGCUUCUCCACUACUCAAACGUCACCGCCAAAGACCCUCCAAAUCGCUCCUCUCCCCCCUUCUCCUUCCUCCGUCCCCAUGUGUUCUCAGAUCUCCCAACAACCCACUGUAACGUCAACUACGUCACUUUCCACGCCGGCUAGUAGUGCUGGUGGCCUUUUCACCAGCAAUCACACGAUGCGAGAGGCGGAGGACACUUCGAAAAAUGUUACAAUAGACCCACGGAAGGAUGGAGAAUCAUAUGUGGGCAAAGGAAUCGGAUUAGAUUUAAUGGAUAUUGAUCCCUCUGACCACAGAAGAACUGAUCACGACCGGCAGAAGAGAGGGCUUGAUCAAAGCUUCGGUGGGAAUACAAUGGAUUUGGAUUACAAAGCGACAUCUUCCACGCAGGAGGAAGAGCAUAGCCUGGCAGCUCUCCAGCAGGAUAUAGGCACGGCUUUCCAUCUCUGCAAAUCCUCUUAUACCGUAUCUGGCCCGAAUCCGAGCCUAGAUCUAGUAUCACUCUACGGCCUAGGUCCGGUUGCUUCCUCAGUUGCUCGAACAGACCCGGUCACGGGCGAGAAAAUUAACAGAUUGAGAAAGUCCUAUGAAGGGAAAAUUAAAGGUCUUGGUCUAGCAGGAAGAAAUAAACCCGUCAAAGCUGAACCCGGGACACCUGGAGGAUUGAAGUAUUUGACGUUAUGGCCAGAAGAGGAGUGGCAAAACCAAAAAGUUUAUGGAAAGGAUAUCAGAGUGGCCGAACCAGACUCGUCGUUCUUCAAGCAGCAAUUAAAGGCAAUGAAAAUGGAGCCAGGAAGCUUACCUAACCAUGAAUUUUGGGAAGAUGCUCUAGGCCAUGAAAAAUCGUCCAAGGCUCUGGCAGCUAAUGAUACAUCCUUGGCUAAAGCGGCUGGUACCGUGCCCGGGUCUAUCCGUCAGCCAAUGCAUGCAAAUGGGACCCUCACAGCGAUAUCUACUCCAGCUACAGAAAACACAAGACCAAAGCGCGCAGGUAAGAAACGGAGUUAUAACGACAGCAGCUUUGUUGGUUACGGCGAAGGAUUCCCCGAUGACGAGCUAGACUUGGACAGCGGACGGUACUCGAAUAGUGAGGAGGGCGCCAGGGGCCCGGGAAAGAAGAAAAGGAAAAAGGAUCACAUCUCGGGAGUGUCCCCCACUCUCACUGAACGAGCCGGUAGCUACGGCGUGGGCAUGUUUGGUGUUGGCGCCCGAUGACUUGAUUUGAAAAAUACAAUGAACAGCAUGAAUUUUUCGAGUUUAUGGUGAAAAUCUUUACGGUUCCAAUAUCGGCGUUUUAUUUCAAAAGAGGGUUUUGGCGUUUGGGAUUCAACGUCCUUUUUUCUUGUCUCGUGUUUCGUUCUUCUCUUUCACCUUUUUUUUAUUUUCCCUUCGCUGUAAUUCAAAUUUUGUCCAUUAUUACUAAUUCCCCUAGCGGAAAUUUGCAUGGUGGUGCUGGAUAUACCCGCCUUGGUCAAACCGGCGUUAUUUUGGGAGGGUUGGCAAGGAAAAGAUAUGCCAAUGGGGCGGUGAUUUAGGUUCUUUAUUUUCGAUUACCAUGUCCAUUCCUAUUUUCAUCCUUUAUAUCCAUAGCUUCCGUUGUUUGUUCCUUACCUCAUUAUGCCCUCAGCCUGCACAUCCAUCUUUACCAUGUGCUUUGAUUGUUUGUUUCAGUUCUCUUUUGCCCCGUCUCUCUAUUUGAUAUGCCUCCCAUUAUUUGGAGGUUGCCAUGAAGGGCAUUCUGCUUGUUCUGCUUACUAUGCGCCUGUCUGCGGGUCUGAAUGUUCCUUUGGCUCUUUCAAAAGCCAAUGGCCAAUUCUAUUUUUGAUGAUAACUCUUUCGAUUAUCCAUUGAAAAGGUCAUUUUAAUAUCGUUUCGACAUCAAAAAAAAAAAAAAAAAAA